AGAAUCUAGAUUCAAUAGUACUAUGUAAAAGCCAUAACAUUUCGAUGUGCCCCAAUCGCUUGCAUAAUGGGCUCUGUUCUUGGACGCUCCUUGCGUCAACACUCGCUGUUGCACAUGUCUUUGCCCUCUCUGAGCUACAGUGGACGAUCAAGAACAAGAAUUGUUCUAUUGUCAUACCCGGCUCCUACCCUCACAGGCUCACCUUGAUCUUUUCGAGGCUGGUAUCAUUGAUGACCCAUUGCUUGGUAUCACGUUCACAGAAAGAUUGGUCAUCAACGACAACUGGACGUACACCGCGGACUUGACUCCAUUCACUCAAACUUACCAGAGUAACACGUCCGGAAAGACACUCCUUAUUUUCUAUGGAAUCGACACCAUUGCUAACAUUACGUUUGCCGGCCACCCCGUGGCUUGGGUCAACAACCAGUUCCGGCGU